AACUAGCAGUUUUGGCCUGGAUUCUUUGGAUUAACAGACUUUAGUACACACCAUACACCCUACAAAACACACCACUCAGGUGAUCUCUAUACUCUCCUCUCUCUCUCUCUCUCUCUCUCUCUCUCUCUCUCUCUCUCUCUCUCUCUCUCUCUCUCUCUCUCUCUCUCUCUCUCUCUCUCUCUCUGGUCACACCUGUGUUUCAUUUGUGGUGCACUGUAAGUAGAUUUUGCCAUCUUGAAUCAGAUACACACACACACACACACACACACACACACACACACACACACACACACACACACACACACACACACACACCAUUGCUGGCCUGCUCCUGUUCAUGCACACAAUAGUGUAUUUACUGCUGUUUUGUAGCAGUGGACUAGGGUAGGGUACUGAGGGUUAGGUUAGGCAUGCUUCAUGAAGUUAGGAAGUCACCACAUCAGCUGACACCUCGUAAGUGACAUCAGAUGAUUGUAGCUGCCGUUAUGGUCUUGUCAGUACAUUAAUGAUGGUGAGUGCUCAUGACCGGUUACAAUCUCAUCUUGACAAGUAUAACACAUGCAAAGUGCAAGGUAGUUUGUCAGCGGUCACAAACGGGUAAAGAUUCAGUGAAUGUGAGUAGCUGCUUGGAGGACAGAGGACAUCAAAAAGCCUGAAUGAUCAUUAUUAGUUCACAAUUCACUUUUCACUCAUGUGUACAGGUGAAUAUUGUAAAUUAUGUUUGAAAGCAGGUAAGAUUCAACCAAUUUGCAUGCCAGAUUAACCUUGGAUGCCUGUUACUUGGGAAUUUACUGUGUAUAUAUCUUUAUUUCAGUUUAUGAUGAGAUAUGUGAUGAAUUUACAGGUUUGGGAUACUGUGUGUUGCUUAGGUGAAGAGUUUUUUAUAUGAAUUCUGUCAUAUUAAUAUUAGAAACACUGCUGGGGAAACAUUUUAGCUGUUGGCACUAGGCUGUGAUCUGAGCUGUGAGGGUCUCUGUAUUAUUGUCUAUGUUAAGUAGGUUAGAACUCUAGUACUGUAGUGUAAUUCUCACCACCACCUCUACCUCCCCACUUCUUCACCACCUCCACUAUCACAAUCACCUUCAAAUAUGGUGCUGUGUGUCAUAGUUAUAGUCAAACACAUGUCUUCAGUUGGCCUAAUAUAAUAUUUAAGCAGUUGUUCAUUGAGUUACCUUGUGGUGGGACCAGUGAGUUUUAUCAGAUGUCAUGAUUUCUCCUGGAAACUUAAUACAAGUGAACUUUAAGCUGAAAUUACUACUCAGUUUGUAGUGACUUGUAAAAGACACUCGAAAGAAGAGGACAGUGAUUGUUGAUGGGAAUAAGAUGGUGGCUGAUGGACUCCAUGGAAUUUCAAGUCACACCAUAUACCAUUUUUGUAUUUGUACAGUACAAGGGUACAUGUGUUCUUGUAUCAUGGCCUGCAAACAUUCUUUAAUGACUCUGACAUUAUAUCAGUGAUUGAAACAUCAUAAUAAUGGGCCAGCACAGUGAUACCAGUGACUAAUGUUUUCAAACAGUAGGGUGAGAUGUACCAGAUGUGUGCCAGCCAGGGCCUGUCUGCCGCCAGGCCUCUGCCAAGCUGCUGUCGGGCUACUGGCUGGCCUGUCUCACUCUCACCACAGUGCAUGUUGGAAUGGUCUCCCUCCUUGCUCUUCCUCUCCCACUCUUCAUUGUUAUGCUUGCUUCAAGACUAUAUCUUUGUAUUCUGGACUAUUACAUACAUAUACACAGGCUCAUUUUCUGUUUGUAGAGCAAGGGAAGAUUUUAUUGAAAGUUUCUUCCUUUCAAUGCAAGUUCAUGUGUUAAAAUCCAUAUCUAUUACAACAAAAUACUACUUGACUUGCAUAUCUAUGUUUGAUGCCUGUUCAUAAACUGCCCCCCACCCCUUCUCCUUCUCCUCCCAACAUAUAAAGAGACAGCGUGACAGAAGAGUCUCUUGUACAGACUGUUAAAUUGUAAUCUUUUACAGUCUUGUAUAGCAUACAUUCAAUGCUUUACAUAGAUAUGUUGGAAUUCCAAAAGCAAAUGUUUACACAACCCUUUUGGUGAUAUAUUACAUAAGGGAAAUCCUUUCCUGUUAGUGUUUGUGAGUCCCUGUGAACUACCUUCCUUGCUUUCAUCACUCCCUUUAAUAUUUUGAGUCCAUAUGAACCACCUUCUUUGGUUUCAUAAUUCCCCUUGGUAUGAUUGGUGGUGGUAUAUAUUAAUGACUAAGUGUGUCCACUAUGCUUUAAUGAACUCCACCUAAUCAUAUUUUAUCACUUAUCCAAAUUUCAGUGAUAAUUUAAAAGAAUAUUGCCCAAAGCCAUUGGCAAAGGAAUGACAAAAGCACCUGGUCCUCCUGGCCCUCCCGGCCCUCCCACGGGCCCGGGGGGACCCCCAGGACCAGCUGGCCCCCCAGUGCCCCGCCCCAUCACCCUACCUCCGGGACCCACCCCUGCAACUGGACCAAUAACAACCAUAGUGGCGCCUGCUGCAACGACACCUGCUGUGGCCACUGGCACCGGAAUAUCAGCCCUGCUGCCCCCAGAGCUGCCAACAUUCGUGGCACCAAGAAGACCCAACCUUGGGCGGGAGGGUCGGCCCAUCACCCUGAGGGCCAACCAUUUCCAGAUCUCCAUGCCUAGGGGCUACAUCCACCACUAUGAUGUCAGCAUUCAGCCUGACAAGUGCCCCAGAAAAGUCAACAGGGAGAUUAUUGAGACUAUGGUCCAUGCAUUUCCAAGGAUCUUUGGCAGCUUGAAGCCUGUAUUUGAUGGAAGAAGCAAUCUCUACACCAGAGACCCUUUGCCCAUUGGGAAUGAAAAAAUGGAGCUGGAGGUGACACUGCCAGGGGAGGGCAGAGACAGGGUAUUCAAGGUGGCCAUGAAGUGGCUGGCACAGGUGAACCUCUAUACCCUGGAAGAGGCACUGGAGGGCCGCACCAGGACCAUCCCCUAUGAUGCCAUCCAGGCGCUGGAUGUGGUGAUGCGCCACCUGCCCUCCAUGACCUAUACCCCGGUUGGUCGAUCCUUCUUCUCGGCCCCAGACGGUUACUACCACCCGCUGGGGGGAGGGCGAGAGGUUUGGUUCGGCUUCCACCAGAGUGUCCGUCCCUCACAGUGGAAGAUGAUGCUCAAUAUUGAUGUUUCAGCAACUGCAUUCUACAAAGCCCAGGCAGUGAUAGAGUUCAUGUGUGAAGUCUUAGACAUAAGGGAAAUAGGAGAACAAAGGAAACCCCUUACUGACUCACAACGAGUGAAGUUCACCAAAGAAAUCAAAGGACUCAAGAUUGAAAUUACUCACUGUGGAGCUAUGCGAAGAAAGUAUCGUGUAUGUAACGUCACUAGAAGACCUGCACAGAUGCAGUCAUUCCCAUUGCAGCUUGAAAAUGGCCAGACUGUUGAGUGUACGGUGGCAAAGUAUUUCCUCGACAAAUACAAGAUGAAACUCAGGUUUCCUCACCUACCGUGCUUGCAGGUUGGUCAAGAACACAAGCACACCUACCUCCCAUUGGAGGUCUGCAACAUUGUUCCUGGCCAGCGAUGCAUCAAGAAGCUAACUGACAUGCAGACCUCCACAAUGAUCAAGGCCACUGCAAGAUCUGCCCCUGAUAGAGAAAGAGAAAUUAACAAUUUGGUUCGCAAGGCAGAUUUUAAUAAUGACCCCUAUAUGCAAGAGUUUGGGCUGACCAUUAGUACUGCAAUGAUGGAGGUGCGAGGGCGUGUCUUGCCACCCCCAAAGCUGCAGUAUGGGGGACGUACCAAGCAACAAGCCUUACCCAACCAAGGCGUGUGGGACAUGAGAGGCAAACAGUUCUUCACAGGGGUAGAGGUGCGGGUGUGGGCAGUGGCAUGCUUUGCCCCACAGCGCACUGUCCGGGAGGACGCGCUUCGCAACUUUACACAGCAGCUACAGAAAAUCAGUAAUGAUGCAGGGAUGCCUAUCAUUGGGCAGCCUUGUUUUUGUAAGUAUGCCAAUGGGCCUGACCAAGUUGAGCCCAUGUUCCGGUACCUGAAGAGCACCUUCACUGGUCUGCAGCUGGUGUGUGUGGUGCUGCCUGGCAAGACUCCAGUCUAUGCUGAAGUGAAGCGGGUUGGGGACACUGUGCUUGGUAUGGCCACCCAGUGUGUACAGGCCAAGAAUGUGAAUAAAACGUCUCCACAAACCUUGUCAAACCUCUGCCUCAAGAUUAAUGUCAAGUUGGGAGGCAUCAACUCCAUUCUAGUCCCAGGCAUCAGACCGAAGGUGUUCAAUGAGCCAGUCAUAUUCCUUGGUGCUGAUGUUACUCACCCUCCGGCGGGUGACAACAAGAAACCGUCCAUUGCUGCUGUGGUGGGAUCCAUGGAUGCUCACCCGUCACGUUACGCUGCAACUGUUCGAGUGCAGCAACACAGACAGAAUGGAUCAACAGCACAAGGCCAAAGUGCCAGUGAUGGCUCGCGACCCAGACAACUGACUUUCGCAAGGACAGCGCAUGAUGAGGUCAUUCAAGAACUGUCCUCCAUGGUAAAGGAGCUGCUCAUACAGUUCUACAAGUCCACAAGAUUCAAGCCCAACAGGAUAAUUUUGUACCGUGAUGGUGUGAGCGAGGGACAGUUCCAGACUGUGUUGCAGCAUGAGCUCACAGCCAUGAGAGAAGCCUGCAUCAAGCUAGAGGCUGACUACAAGCCAGGCAUAACCUACAUUGCUGUACAGAAGAGACAUCAUACCAGGUUGUUCUGUUCAGACAAGAAGGAACAGAGUGGCAAGAGUGGCAACAUUCCUGCAGGUACCACAGUGGAUGUUGGCAUUACACAUCCAACAGAAUUUGACUUCUACUUAUGUUCCCAUCAGGGUAUUCAGGGCACGAGUCGACCCAGCCAUUACCAUGUCCUGUGGGAUGACAACCACUUUGACAGUGAUGAGCUCCAGUGUCUGACUUACCAGCUGUGUCACACCUAUGUCAGGUGCACCCGCUCCGUCUCAAUACCUGCUCCAGCCUACUAUGCUCACCUGGUGGCCUUCAGGGCUCGCUAUCAUCUCGUCGAGAAGGAGCAUGACAGUGGUGAGGGUUCUCACCAGUCAGGCAACAGUGAAGACCGCACUCCUUCGGCCAUGGCUCGGGCUGUUACAGUACAUGUGGACACCAAUAGGGUCAUGUACUUUGCUUAAUGGGCCCUGGGUCUAGUCCUCUUGAGGGUCGGUGCCCUUGUGCAAGUCUCCUGGACGCUCCAGCAGAUCUACUCGUCGAUGGUCGUCGUGGUGUCAGCGUCGUAGACUGACACUUGUCUUAUCUAGUUGGAUUGUCCGACUUAAAAAAUCUUUCACAAAGAUGGAAACGGUAUUUGUGAUCAAUGUUGGGGUUCUCAUUGUGAUAUUUUGGCAAGAAGUUUUGUUCCAGGUAUUCCACUACCUCUGAUUACCUGUGAGAGAGAAGGGAUGGGAGAUUGAGGGGGAUGGAAUGAGGUGUAUGGCCAGAAACAAAUGGAGACUUCUGUCAUGGCCAUCCCCUUGAGGGAGUUCCAAGAAAAGUAUGUCAGAGUAGAUUAGAUAAGAUUUAUGCUUUUGUUAGAAAUCUCAGACGUAUUACUGUUUUGUUUUUAUACUUUUCAAAAAAUAGUUGUAGAGAUGAAAACAUCUGGAAGUGUUGAAAAAUUAACGUUGGUGGCAUUCCUUGAAGAUGUUUGGAGGUUGCUAAUGCCAGGUGUACUCUAGCAUAUUUUAGAGUGGGACUUUUUCCAAUAGGUUACAGUUUAUUAUGUGAAUUCUUCCAUAAAUUCACACGUUAGAUUUUUGUACCAGACCCAUGUACCUGCAGGAAACGUGUAGAAGUCCCUGGCCUCACGUGCCUCCCACCAGGGGCUUUUCAUUGUUGAGGCAAUUAAGUUUUUUCUCUCUUUUCUAUCAGCAGCAUUAUGUGCAUUUCUUACAUCGAGUUAUUUGAGGAAAUGUCAAGCCGUAGCAUUCUGUGUGACUUACCUUGAGGUGUUAUCACCUUGGUGAAGGGAUGCCCCCAGGUGACUUUGAGCAGCAGUGAGGCUCCCGUGGAGAUUGUUAGCGGCAGUCUCUUGGGUUUGUACUGUUACUGUCUCAACAGUGACGGGUCUAUGUUGUGUGUUGUUUGUGGUGUAACGAGGCUGGGGAAUCCAAAGCCACUAUGACAUGGACUUUUAUUAACUAAGGUAAUAACUAUUGCAGUCACAUUUUUUACUGCCAUUUUUUAUUUUAUUAUUUAUAGAAGGUAACCUGGUACCUUGAUGUGGGACUGGUGCUCUCCCUGCUCAAUCUUGGAGUCAGUACUGCUACUGUUUAAAAAUUGUCUCACUAGUUAUAUUCACUAAGUGUCACAGUGUUGGUGAUGCAUGAACAGAAAAAAGGGUGUUGAAAUGUGAAUGUCUGCAAUUUGCAUAGUUUAUCUUAUUCUUGCAAGAAAUGACUUCCAAAACUAUUAUAUGUGGCAGUAUUGACUUUGUGAUGCAGGUGUUGGGUGCAUCUAUCUCACUCAUGAGCAUGAUUGUGUGUGUGCAUGUAUGUGCACGUGUUUGUACAUGUGUGCAGGGUUGUGUGUGUGUGUGUGUGUGUGUGUGUGUGUGUGUGUGUGUGUGUGUCUUGUUUUGUGUGUGUGUUUCCUAGUCUCGGGCCAGCCCUAUUGAACACUGAUAUACAGAAUGGCAUACAUUUUUAUUUAUGAAGUUUCUUAGUAUAGUAAUUAUCCAUCUUGAGAUUUCUAGUUUCACUAGUUCUGGCCUGAUACCAGAACAUGCAACAUGCCACCAUUAUUCAUAAAAGAAAGAGAUAAUAGACUGAGUGGCAGCAUGGUUUGGUUUAAGUAACAGUUUUUGAAGAGCAGCCUGGGCUUGGGUGCCAUAUCACUUUUAAUUCUAGCUCAUAUAAUGCCAUUAGGCAGGUGCAGCUACAAUAGAGUAUUGACAGUCAAGCAGCAACUCUCUCUCUGCCUUGCCUGUGAGUAGGGCAUCAGUCUUCCUGAAAGUAGUUACCAAGCACCUUAAACUUCUUUGUACAGAAAUUAGUUCAGUGUGAAACCAUUGGGUCCAUUUCUCAAUCUUAGAACCUUUAUAUCAAUAUCUGAAAAUCAUCGCUUUUGCAUCACACUAGUGUAAUAAUGAAACAAAAUUGUAAUUUAGUACUCGUUAGUAUUCAGUUAGCUCUGCCAUGAGAAUUUUAGAUGUACUUAUUGAGUGCAUUUUUAUUUCCAGCAAGUAGAUGUGUGUGUGUGUGUGGCAUUAUGAACAAGCUAUCUUUCAAUUCUCACAAAUUUGUACUUUAUAUGGUCAUCUUUAUUGAUAGAUUUAGUAAAAAGAUCAGAUGACAUCAGAGUUGUCAUGAGGUUAUUCAGUAAUGAAGAGGCAUAUCUUGUUCACUUGUGAUGUAAGUAGAAUAUGAAUGAAAGGACAUCACUGGGGCUGUCUGUCACUCUUGUAGAGGGUUGCAUCACUAUCCUUAGCAGGCAUGGGGUGAGUCUUUGGCAUUGUUUAGUUUGAUUAGUUUCACCGAGGCGUUUGAAGCUUGAGAUUUGUCUCGUUGGUUGCAUUAAUUAUCUUUCAAUUUGUCAUGGUAAAGUUUUCAUUUACUCGUGGCCUGCUGCUUUACUAAUACUCUUGUGUAGGUGAAUGAUCACAUAUCCUUUAUUUAUCUGGAAGCUGGAAAAUGCUGCCCUAUUCAUCAUUCUACUAUUCCUAUGGUUUCUUCAUUGAUUCUUAAAGGUAUUAUUACUAAUGAUACUCAUGUAGACGAAGCAUAACAAAGACAAUGGCAUGGACUUGCUCCUCUUAAAGUUCUACUAUUCUUCUGGUAAUGCUUUUACUAAGACAUUUUCAACAAUUCUUUUUUUCAAAGAAGCUAUUGUCUCCCAGUUGCUAUAAAUGGCAAUAUCAGUUUGACAUUGCCAUUAGUGUAGCAUGGAUUAUGUAUGGUCUCUUCAUGGCUGGUGUGGAAGGUACUUAAAAGAGGAGUGAGAGUAGCUCCCUCCAUGUAAAACAUCCCUGUGAGAAAGUUGCUGCUGCCACUGCUGCUACUACAUGAGUAUUUGUGUAACUUACCUAGAUUGUGUAUACCUGCACUCUAUUCAUUGGCUACAAAGAACCAGUUGCUCUGUAUAACAAAGUGACUUGUUCCACAUAAAGUAAGAUGUAAUUAUAUUUCUAACUCCUAAAUGGAAUGAAGAUCAUGUAGGUAACCUACAUUUCACAAUUUCAUAUUGUUCACUAAGAUUUGCUGACAUGACCACAAAAAAAUGUAUGGCCCCUUUCAUUUAGCUCCCUUGUUGGAGAUGUAUACUGUUUUGGCUUAGUCAUAUUUUGAGCUAUGGUCAUCUUCAGUCAUGACAUUGUAUGAUCUUCCUCAUUUUGGAGAAGGUUAAUUAUAUGAUUAAUUUAUAUUUUUACUUUUUUAUUAUUUUUUUUGGCUUGACCAAAGAUUGAGAAUGCAGAUGUAUAUUACAUUUUCACAUAGGGAUAUAUUUUAACAGCUUACAAAUUACUUUUGAAUAGACUUAGGCAUUAAUAAAGUAGUAUAGCAUUUAUCUAGCAUUAAGGAAUAAUCAUGGGUGAAACACAAAAUGGCUGAUGACUGUUGCAAAUUAGACAGCUGGUGUCAAGGUUUGUUUUGACUCCCAGAAAGAUCACACUCACACAUGGUAGUACAUGUGUGAACAGAAUCUACAUUAGUAUGUACUUUCAAACCACUUGAUCCUGUUUUGUCUAAAUCCUGGAACAGUGCAGUGUGAAACAACAAUUGUGUAUUAUAUGAUAUUGUGCAAAAGCUUGGGUCUGCACUGUUUUAGGACUGUGUUUGCCAUGACAAACAUCAUCCUUUGUUUGUCAAAGAUGUGAUCAGUGUUGAGCAUCUCUGGCUGCUAAUGCAAUGCCAUUUUUCUCUCGUCGCUUCUUAUUGUAGGAGAGCCACAUCACACCCCCCCUCUUAUUAUAUUGUGUGCAAGAAUAUUUGCAUGUAAAUAUGUAAGCUGCAAAUACUUAAAAGGUCUUAUUAGUCAUUGUGUUUCAUGUAUGCAUAUAUUUGUAUGUAUGCUUAGAUUCACGUGGGUUAAAUUCCAGAACUGAAGAGCAUGCAUUUUUUUAUACAUUCCUGCAUAAACAUAUCACUUUGAAAAUAAUAUAUCACAUUGUAGAAUAUAAUCAGGAAUAGGCUCCUUAAAAGAGGUGUAAAAUUUCUUAACUGUAUAACUGUUCAGUGUGUCGCUUGCAAAAUUUAUUUACAUAGGAAGGAGAACUGUAUGAUACAUUUCCAAAGGCUUAGUCCAAGGGCAGAAGUCAAAGGACAUGAGAGUGAAUUCUUCUCUAUACAGUAAUUGGGAGUAGUUAUGUGAUGAAUGUUGAGAAUAACAAUUUAAAAACAGUUGGUCAGUACUUUUCUAUAUUUCCCCUUAGCAAUCAUAGUUUUUUUUAAUACCAGCAGUGACUUCUGUAAAUUUUCAAAGAUUAUAUUGCUUGCUACAGAAUUGCCUAUUCAUCUAUGCAUCAUUGUAUGUUAGUUUUUUCUUCCCAUUCCUAUAUAAUCUCAUAUUUUCUACUGAAGACACUUCAUAUACUAUGCUACAUACAAGGUCCCUUACCCACCUUCUCCAUCUGCCUGAAUCAUUCCAGUUUAUGUUUUGUCCCUGCUCUUCAAUAAUUGUGUUAUCUUCUUUGCUCGUUUUCUCAUUUUGCUUCACAUUCCAUUUCCACAUUGAACCAGCAUUUGUUGGGGUAGGGACCAUACUGUUAUAACCAGUCUUCAUAGCUUUUUCUUCACCCUGAGUGUCUUACUGUUGCUGUUUCACAUGUAACAUAGUAGAGAAGUAAUAUAUCCUAAGAUUUGAAUAUACUCAAUUUGACUUGAAUUUUUUAGGUUCUUAUAGCCACAGACACUUCUUUUUUAUUGAACAAUUUUGUUUCACUCCUUAUAUCCCUCAGUAAUAUUUCUGCUAAUAAUGUUGUGGUCUUACAAUAUAACUUAGGGUUUUUCUUGUGUCUAAGGGGAAAGCUUUAUAUGUAUUGAUUGAUGGAAUCCAUGAUUCGAUAUGGCUCUACAGUACUGUAUUUAGAAGACCCUUAAUGAUUUCAUUUCUAUGUAUUUCCAAAAUCAAAUUCAAUAAUUAGAAUGUUCUUGUAGCUCACAAGUUCAUCAUGACUUGUGGAUUGAAUUUCAUGCUUGCUGGUGUGAAAUAACAGUUUACAUUAGUAUAACAUUUGUCAAGUAAUUCCAAAACCAACUUUUGAAACUGGUUAGGUUCUUAUUAUAAAAGCAUAUAUUUUGUCUGGAAUUUAUGAUUUAUACGAUAACUUUAUCAUGACAUAAACCACUGCCAUUGUACUUUUCACCAUCCAAUCCUCAGACUUAGUGUUUACAUUAUAUGCAUCACUCACUGUCAGCUGUCAGUUAUCAGUGCAUACAUACAUUAUAUACAUGCAUGCAUAAGCACAGUCCUGAACAGGUACUUGAAGCCAGCCUUUAUUAGCGCUCAAUCAUGGUAAGUUAAGCCCUAGUAAAUCUGUAAGCACAAGGAUUUGUCUUGAAGCUCAUUCUUAUUGUUGUCAGUUGCUUUUUUCUCCCCAUUUAAUUUAUAUAGACAUGAUGAGGCUGUCUGAUCCACUUGUCCUGUGUUGACAGUGAUGGAGGUCGGACAGUGCUCAUGGACCUGGUUGAGUUUUGGCAAACAUAUCAUUCAUUUUGUGAGGGGUGACACUUUAUUUGUAGUGUUAGUAGAUGACAUAUUUGUAGAUUUAUUAGUGUUGUGUGUAUUAGUCAUAUCUAACUUAAUGCUGAAAAGAUUCUGUAGUCAUAAAUGUUAUAGAUGUCGUAAUCCAUGGUGAAAAGUGUUGUAAAUUCAUGCUUGGGUAGUUUUUUUUUUUUUAUUUUUUUUUAUUUAAUUUUUUUUUUUAUUAUUAUUAUUAUUAUUAUUAUUUCUUUUAUGCAAAUAUUAAUAUCUCAGUAUAUGUGGUGAAGUUUCCUUUGUUUUUGAUGGAUUUGGUAUCUAGUGUGAUUUCUGAUGUCUUAUUUUGUGCAUGAUACUUACCUUCAUACUUUAUUCAGAUCAAGUUUGAAUUUGUUAACAUUUGAAAGUGGAAAACUUUUUGUUGCCUAUUGAGAUAUGAAUUGCUUAUGGAGUUCCAAAAAGAAAAAACAACAAAACAUCCAGGUAAUUGGCCAGAUAUAGUGAUGUGUAUUUCAUUGUUCCAUAAAAUCUCCAUUGAAGUAAUGGUAAUGUAAAAUACAAGUGGUACAUGGUUAAAUUUCAUCAGUACUACAAAAGAAUAUACAUUCAAAAUUUUGGAAUGAAUGCAAGUGAGCAGUACAAGAGAGACAAAGUCUGUAGCACACUAAUGGUUUUGAAACAGGAGAGAGGAUGUAAUAGAUUAUGUAGAGCAACUUGAGUUGAGAGAUUACAGCUUACUCUAAAUCCAUGUAAGAAAUUAGCAUAGUCACCCACUAAUAGUAAAGCAAUAUUGAUGUCCUUAGCAAGUUGGAAAGCCACAGCUGUAUUGAGCAUUUGUCAAGGUGGUGUGGUUGGUGGUGAAGUGAAAUCCAGACCAGUGGUGGAAGUGUGUCAGGUCAGUGGAGGCUGGUGCAGGGAGGAAGCCUGGUGUGGAGGGGCACAGGUGGAGGUGGGAACAAUCAGCUUAGUGACCACUUUCCACCUCCACCUAGUAGUGCUUUCACCCACAUCUCUCUCUCUCUCUCUCUCUCUCUCUCUCUCUCUCUCUCUCUCUCUCUCUCUCUCUCUCUCUCUCUCUCUCUCUCUCUCUCUCUCUCUCUCUCUCUCUCUCUCUCUCUCUCUCUCUCUCUCUCUCUCUCUCUCUAUCUGGUUUAUUCCUUCACCCUGACUGGCCUUGGCAAGGAAAGAGUACUCAGUCAGUAAUAUCAUCAGUGACUGCUUGUGUCCACAGGCAGUGUUGGGAACAAGAGUACAGAAAGAGUUAGUGAAAGUCUUACCUUCGGCAAAACAAAAGUUGUCUGUCAUUGAUUAAGGACUUCAAUAAAUUUUAUUGUAUAUUGCAUACAUCCCUUGUGUAUUGAAAGGCAAGGCUUUACUCUCAUUGUACAUUAGUUGAAAGCUAUAUUGCAAAUGUUUGUUUUGUACUUCCAAUGAUCAAAUUCAGUGGCUAGUUUUUUGUGAGGUGUUGGAGGUCAGUUGUCUGUGGUGUGCAUUCAUAGGCACUUAUCUCCAUGCAUACAUUACUGUGACCCCCUUCUUUUUGCAACAUUCCUUCAAGGCAAACUAAUAUUGAUUCAUAAUUUAUUGAUUUUUAAAGCAAGUCCCAUUUUUGUGUGAAGUAAGUGCUUUGUAAUGAGCAAGUGUAGCCAGAUGGUAGAUAGUAGCAUCCUGACCUGACUGGUGGUGCUAACAGACUCUUUUUCAUAAAUAUCAUGUGCACAGUGGAAUAAGUAGAUUAUCAUCGAUAUUGGGUCACAAAUUUGUUAUGUUUAUUGCUGCCUUUUCUUUCCCUUUUGGUGUUUGCACUAGGACAAGACAUUUAUUGCUUUCACUCUGAUUGUGUAAAGCUAUGACAGUUUAGAAG